UAUCACCCCUUUGUCCCGAAUCUGCGUUUACUUGACUAUCCCUUGCUCGGUACAAAAACACCCACCCAUCCACCCAUAUUCAUUCCUACUCUUGAAGAACACUUAUAUUUCUUCACCCAUCAUGCAACUCACCUCCCUCAUCACGAUCGCCGUCUCCAUCUGGAGCGCGACUACAGCAUCCGCCUUCCCUAUCCGGAUUACCGCCGACAACCCAGCCCUAACAUGGCACGUCUCGGAAUUCGACGUCGGCUGCUCCCCCGGAGGCUGCGUCUACACAUUCAACAUCUAUGGCAUUGGAACCAUCAAUACUCCGGCAUUCAACACAACCUGUACCGGAACCACCGUGGAACAAGACUACGUGAAAUGCAAAGAUCCCAACGUGUUCGCGCAGGUCGUGCCGCAGCUGUACCCGACCUGGCAGAUCAAGGCCAAGCACCAUUGGCGCCAGGGUGAUGAUGCUGAUUUCUAUGCGCUGGGCCAGGCGAAUAUCACCUCCGGCACCGCACAGUUUACGAUUCCCGUGACGGAGAUGUAUGGGGUGGCUUAGAUUAUCCGGGGACUGAGUACAGAGUACUGGAGGACUAAUUGCGAUCGUCAUGUGGUGCCGUCUACCAUCUACCUCCUAAAGCGAGCGAUAAAUCCGUCUUGGAUCUUGGGUACAAUUCUGUUAUUUGGCGGGAAUAUUCGAUAUUGAGAGCUGGAUUGUGGUGAUGAUGCUUUGCUCUGGUGUUUGGGAAUAUGUCAUGUCGUGUCCACUCAUUGGAAUAAUGGAAUGUAAUGGAAGUAUUUAAUUCGUGCAAUGCA